UCAUCCACACUCCCAUCAUCCUCCUCAUCAUCCACAUUCCCCUCAUCCUCUUCCUCAUCAUCCACAUCCCAGUCAUCCUACUCUUCCUCCUCAUUCCCUCUGUCCUUCUCGCGCUCCUCAUCCUCACCGGAGCUGCGUCUGGUGCUCCUCGGGCGAUCUGGAUCAGGGAAGAGUGCAGCUGGCAACAGCAUCCUUGGGCAAGAGGCGUUUCAGUCGCACUCGGACAGUCUCACGUCCAUCACUCUGGAGUGUGAGAAAAAGAAAGCGCUGGUUGAAGGAAGAAGGGUGGCGGUGGUGGAUACCCCUGACUGGUUCAACUCAGAGCGUGCCCCUGAAGAGGUGCGAGCUCAGAUCUCCUCCUGUGUUGCUUUGUCCAGUCCUGGUCCCCACGCCUUCCUCCUGUGCGUCCCCUUGGACCAGCCUGCAAAGACCGAGCUCCAGGCACUCAGGGCCCUCGAGACUGUUUUUGGCCCAGAAGCGGUGCAGAGACAUGCUCUGGUCCUAUUUACUUACGCAGAUCGACUGAGGGCAAGUGGCAAGGCCGGAAAUGAGAGCGUGGAGGCAUACAUUGCCGGUCAGCGGGGGGAUUUGUUAAACCUUGUGGAGAAAUGCCGGGACAGGUUUCACGUGAUGGAGAGUGGAGGAGGUGAGACGGAGAGGAGGAGUGUUGCGGAGCUGCUGGAGAAGGUGGAGCAGACAGUGAAGGAGGCUGGAGGACAGUGUUAUUCUUCUCCUGCAUUUCAGGAGGCGGAGAACCGAGUGAGGCAGAGACAGGUGGAGAUAGCAAGGGAGAAAAGGGGCACAAACCAAGAGCAAGCAAAAUCAAGAGAUGUUGGCGGGCUCAGCACUGAGAGGCAACUCUAUCCCUACAUGCAGCCUGUGGCUGAGGCAGAGGAGGAAGUGAGAGAAGAUGAGAUUGGGGAAACGAGGGAUGAGGCAGAGAUGAGUGUCAGCACCAUGGACAUCGAGAGCCUUCCUCCUAUUACGGUUUCGAGCUUGUCCCCUUCACUCCUUAGUUCCGUUAUGGAGAAAAUGCAGUCUAGUGCAAAAUUGAUCCCCAAACUGUUGACGGACGGCUCUGUGUGGGUUGGUGACGGAGCAAAGAAGGUGAAAGGUAGUCCAGUGUGGGGCACAGUUGGCAGUCGAGCACAAAAUGUCCAGAAGAUGGUGGUUGAUAGUUCAGUUUGGGGAAAGAUGGGAGCUAGUGCCAAACAAGCAUCCAAACUAUUAGGAGAUAGAGUUCCCAAGGUGGUGGUUGAUAGUUCUUCAUGGGUGGGGUCCGGAGCAAAGGCAGCAGCAGCAAGUCCCAUGUGGGGAAAAGUUGGUUCAGGGGCCAGAACCGGGGCAAAGAAUUUGACGCAGAGUCCCAUGUGGGCAAAAGUAGGAUCUGGGGCCAAGACUGGAGCUCAACUGGUGGCUCAAAAUUCUGUACGAGUUGGUGCUGGAAUUGGUGCCGGUGCAAAGAAGGUGGCACAGAGUCCGGUGUGGGAGAAGGUCGGCUCUGGGGCCAAAUCAGGGGCCAAAAUGGUGGCUGCCAGCCCAGUGUGGGAGAAAAUUGGGACUACUGCUAAACAGGUGCCCAUGGUCGUCAUCGCGGGUGCAGUGCUGGGUCUCCUGCUCGGUUUGUUAUUGGGGGGCGCCAUCGGCGGAGCUGUAGGUGCAGCCGCUGGAUCUGCGGUUACUGAAGUGGGCAGACGAAAACUCGGCAACAAAAGCACAUUAGGAAAGACAGAGGACCCUGCGAAAACUUUGGAGAGGAGAGUGAACGACAGCGUGGACUCGAUAGUAAAACAAGGAGGGAAGGUACUGAAAACUGAAUGAACGACUGAACAGAGUAUGUUUUUUAAAGAGCUUAACAAAGUUCAAAGCAUAUUUGUUUUGAAUUGGUACCAUGAGAAUGUAUAAUUUAAAAUCAGUGUCUUUAUGCCUGUCUUUGUUUCUUCACAGAAAAGGCAAGAGGUUGAUUUGAAAAUGUCAAAUUGGACGAACUGUUUCGUAAACAAAUGUCUUGAGAUUGUUUCCAACUUCAGUUUUCCCCCAGUAUUUGUCUACGUUUUAUUCCAGUAGUUGACUUUUUCACUACUGCUACACUUUUCUCAAAGACAAAACCCCCCUACAGUAACUAAUGUUGAGCAAUAUAUGAAAUUGAAUGUCUAUAUUUGGACACAAUUUACUUGGCUAAAAAGUAUGUCGUUUUUGUUUUAUAUACAAUUUACGGUGUUGUGUCAAAUGCUCUAAGAAAAUAAUAAUGCAGUUAUCUUAAACCAACUAUGUCAUUUCUUGCCAUCACUUACUGUGAGCAACAGAUUCAGAAUAUAAACGUGACUUUAAUGAGCCCGUCAGAAAGUUGUAUUACACAGAUUAUACUGUACAGCACAUCAGUCACUGAUCAGUAAAAUGAUUGAUUUUGAAAGUAACAGUUUAAUUCAACACAUCAUUUGUUCAAUGUAAGUUUUUAGAAAUAAUUAUAGAUUAAAAUAUCUUCACUAUUAAUCCUUCCCUGACUUGUUUUUGCAUUUACAAAACGUUGCAGCUUAAUGAACCUCUGCAUCAGAAAGCCGUGUCCUCACAUUUCGCAAGCUAAAGCUACACUAAAGACCGAGAACCCUCCAGCUGUAUCACUGCGAUUCCCCCACGAGACGUGCACAUUUAAUCUGUGCGCGAGUGGUGAAACGGAGCCACUGGUGUUUCUGUGCACACUUGGGUGUAACUGAUGGUGAGAGAGGCACAGCAGAGGGUCAGAGGAGAAGGGGUGGAGGCCAGGCAAUUAUCUCUCAGUCCCAGACUGGUCUACUGUAUCAGAGGAGGGAGAGAAGGAAAAGAGGCCAGUGGUCUCAACUAACAUUAAGGUUUCAUUUUGAUCAAUGUUAUGCAUGAAGAUCUUUUUCUUUUUUUUUAAAGGGAACAACUUGGAUUUUCCUCUAAAUGGCCGGCGCAUAUUAAUUAAUUUAAGCGUCACUAUGGUUUAUAAGGUGUGGACAAUAGGAAUAGAAAUGAGAGCAAAUAUAAGAUGGUUGUUGUUGUUGUUGUUGUUGUUGUUGGUAACACCUGUCAUUUUCUUACUUUCAGAAUGUUCUGUUCACUCGAGGCAAAGAAAAAUAUGUGUAUUAAAAAGUAGAAACAAUUACACCCACCCCAAAGCUGUGUGACGCUGCUUCACAUGAUCGGUGUAGGUGCAUGUGUUGCCAGUCUUGGCUAAUUCCUGUAGAUCUGGUACAGAAGUGUGUUGUUCUGUUUGUUAUGAAUAAACACACGGCACAACC